AUGAAAGGAUAUAAUUAAUCGAAAUGCAAAAUCAAUACAUAAAAUUAGAUAUUCAGAUCUAUUAAAAUACACUCAACUACAGAAACUCUAGUUUAAAUUAAAAAAAAUAAAACAGACUCUCAAUUAUUAAAUUCACAAAAAUUAAUAUCAAAAACAAAAAAUCAUAUUCAAUAGAAGCAAGUUUCUAAUCUAGACCUUGCUUUUAUGACUGUAACAAAAUCAGACUCACGAUAUCAUUUUAGCAAAUUUCUCAAUUUGGAAAAAAAAAAACUGAUGUUUAAAGAAAGUCUUGGUUUACUAAAUAAAAUAAAUAACUAGAAUAAUAAUAAAAAUUUUUAGAAAUUAUAAAUUCAGCAAAAAAAUAAUCAAAUUAAAAUUAUAAUCAAUCUAUAAGUUAAUAAUAAAGUUAAAUUUAUAAUAAAAUUUAAUAAAUUAAUAGUGACAAGUAUUUUGUAGUUGAGACACCUGUGAAACCUAUUUAAAUUAAAAAUAAAAAUAUCAGUAAAUGCAAUCAUAUUUAUUUAGAAAAGAGCUUUUAGGUAUAAAUUCGAGUAUGAGUAAUAUUAAGAAAAAAGCUAAAACCAAAAAGAUGAAUUUAGAAUGUACUAUAACAUUUAAAAUAAAUAGAAUUUAUUGAGAAAAAUAAUGAAUUAAGAAGACAUUGUUAAACUUAAUAAGAGUAAUAAUAUAAUAUUUUUGAAUAAUUACAAAUUUAAAAUAUUCAUCAUAUCAAUUUAUAUUCAUCUGUCAAAAGAGGUAUAAAAAAUAAUGUUUUGCAUAAUCAAUAUAAAAACGAUAUUAAAGAUUUCAUUGAAAUAGAUGAAGAAUUGACAUCUUAAGAUUAUGAUACUAUUAAAGAAUUGUAAUAAAAGUCAAUUUUUCAAAAUCAUUUUUCUAAUAUACAUUCUAAUAAAAUUAAAGAAUUAAAUAAAUAGAUUGAUGAAAAUAAAAUUACAGUUAGUGAGUAAAAUGAAAAUAAAUAAAUCUUGAUAAUUUAAAAUAGAAAUAAUAAAAUUAAACGAGUAUUAUUAUAAAUAACUAUAUUUCUACAGAUUGAACAUAAUUUAUGAUAUGAAGAUAUUAUUAGUCAAUAGUUUUUUAAACAAAACCUUAUUAAAGCCAUAAAUCUUAAUAAUGUUUUCAAAAAGUAAAAAUAAGUGAUAUUGAAAUUGCAAAUUAAUUUAUAAUAUAAAAUAAAUAUCUAGUUUAUGAUUAUGAUCAUUUUCAAUUAUCUAUGCUUCAACAUGCAGUUAUUAGAGAUUAUCCUGAUAUGGCAAUUUUAAUUUUAAAAAAUUAUGCUGAGGUUAAUAGUAAAGACAUUGUAUUAUUUCUAUCUUUAUAUUUUAGUAAGUAGUACUCCAUUAUUUUAUUCUAUUAGAGGAAAAUGCAAUUAAUGCAUUUGUAUUUUAUUAUAAUUCAAAGCUCUCCAUGGGGUAAUUCAAAAAAUAAUUAUGAUAAAUAUUUAGAAUUUUUAGAUCCAAAUGUAAGAGAUCUAUACAAGAGAGCAAAGACAGUAAAAAUGUGAAUAUUUUGUUAGAUUCAUCUUCGUAUGCAAAUACUUAAGGCAUCUCAUAGAGAACAGUAUUGGUCAUUAUAAAAAUUAAUUUUUAUAUAUAAAUGA